AGGCCAAGACUGGGUGGAUGGGCUGUUCUCAGAAUUUAUUAUACUCCAGACAAGGGAACCUAGGUAAAAUGUAGCAGGCUGUGAUCCCCAGGAUGCCAUGCUGGGUGAUGUAACGGUUCUUCCCGGCCUUACCCUGUCUAAAAUUUCCAAGAGAGGAAUGGGGAACCCAGAAUUGGAAAGGAUGGGAGAGCACUGUCAGAGUUAUGGAGGGGCUCUGAUGAUGGGAAUAGCAAGGGUGGGAUUGGACAGGGUGGAGGGGCAUUGCCUGAACAGGGAGGUUGCCAGAAGUAGGGCUCCCCCAUCCCUUAUAUUACCCCCUCUGGAGCAAGUGCUCCAUUGCUGGUCUUGGGAGUCUUCACGGUCCUCCUCUGCAGCGUGUCUGGAAAGAAGAAGUGAGGAGGGCCUCAUGACUGUUACAGGAAGCCUUGGUUGCAGGUGUGGUCUCUUUCAGUGGCACGAUGCCCACUUUGAGGUUCCUGCCUUUCUCAAUCCUGCUGGGUGUUGUGGGGAUCCUCUGCGUGGGGCUCACAGGCUUCUGGUGCUACCACUGGCGUGGGGGCUUUGGCUGGGAUGGCACUGCCAGGAUGUUUAACUGGCACCCAGUCUUCAUGGUGACGGGCAUGGUGGUGCUGUACGGUGCAGCGGCGCUGGUGUACCGCCUGCCUCUCUCCAGGAGGGGCUCCAAGCUGCCCUGGAAGCUGCUUCAUGCAGCCCUGGCCCUGGUAGCCUUCCUCCUGGCCGUGUUGGGGCUCGUUGCUGUCUUCAGCUACCACAAAACCCGGACCAUUGCCAACAUGUACUCGCUGCACAGCUGGGUGGGGCUGACAGCUGUUGUGCUCUUCUCUUGCCAGUGGCUUAUGGGGUUCUCCACCUUCCUGCUACCCUGGGCUCCAACCUGGCUGAGGGGCCUUUACAAGCCCAUUCAUGUCUUCUUUGGGUGCGCCAUCUUCAUGCUGGCCAUAGCAGCCUCCAUUUCUGGCAUCAAUGAGAAGCUGUUCUUUAGCCUGAACAAUGCAACAGUUCUCUAUUCCAGCCUGCCUCCUGAGGCCUGGUUUGCUAACACCUUGGGGCUGCUGAUUGUGGUCUUAGGGUGGAUGGUGCUGUGGGCUCUUUCCAAGCCAGCCUGGAAGCGCCCAGAGUUGGAUUCACCAGAGGCCCAGCAGCCUCUGCUAGAGGAAGAUAAAUGAAGCAGCCAUUUGAAGGAGGAGGGGCUGCUACUGUUGCGUCAACCCAGGGCAACUAACUCAUCACUUCAGUGGCAGCUCUGUGCCUCACUUGCUGCUGUUGGCACUGACUUGUCUGGAGCCACAGGAAAAAGGCCUGCUCUGUCCCAAAUGCCCCUGCUCUUGCUCUGCUUUGGGCUCCCACCUCUCAGCCUCCUUUGGGGUCUGGCAAGUAUGCUUGAGCUAGUCAGCCCCUCCUACCGUUGCCUCCGGUGACAAAGGGGUCUUGGCAGACUCUGGGCACUAGAUCUUCUGGAAGGAGAGUGUUGAGUCUGCCAUGUUUUUUCCCUGAGGUGGUUGGAUGGAUAGCAAGCCAGUGCUGGGUUCUUGGCUGCCACAGCCUGGGUGACCCUGCAGCAGCAACAGUCUGCUCUCAACUGACCAGCUUCCCUUACAUGCUGCUACCCAUGUCCCCAGCUCCCUCGCCUGGGCUUCUCCCUGUGAAAUUCUGGGAGAGUCGCUUCUGUGAUUGAAGGAAACUCUGUCUUGAUCACUCCUCACCCCACCUCCAGCCGGACAGUGCUACAGGGCAAACCUCUGGGGCACUGGCAGAGCAUCCUGGACAUUGGCCAAGAAUCCUGGCCUCUGCUUUCCAAGCUGAGUUGCUUCCGAUCCCUGGAGCACCAUGCUCCUACAUCCUUGUUAUCAGUCUCUGUCCUCUGGGUUGGAUAUAACAUAUGUGGAAGUGAAGGCUUCUUGAACCACAGACCUGGAAUGAGUUGGAUGGGGGGCAAUGACUGACAUUCUUCCCUUCUCCCCGCAGCUGCUACCACUUCCCUCCCAGGCCUCACUCCACAAGGUCAGCCUCUGAGCUCUGUCCUAGCUUGCAGCGGGGGAGGCACCUUUGUGGCAGGAAGGGGCUGCUGAGCCACCUCAGAAAAGGAAACCGAGGGUCUGUAUACAUAGCUGGCUGCAAUGGGCAGGCAGCCUGAUGGCAGUCACCCUGAAGUCUGUGCUGCACAGCUGGGGGCACUGGAGAGUCUGGCUGGGGCUAGAUCACAGUUCCUGUAACCCCCAUGUCCUGUUCCCCAGCUUUCAGCCCUCUUGUGCCAAGCACUUUCCCUCUGCCUUCCCCUCCCACCCUGGCCCUACUGCUGUCACACCAGCAAUCUCUGAGCUCUCAGCCCUGUGAGGAUGAAUAGAGGUGCUUUCCUGCUGGACUUGUUCCACACCGGCUGUUCAUGCUCCCCUCCUCCCACCUCAGUUCCCUCACCAAAGUGCUGCUGUCAUCGUGAAAUCCUGCGUGGGGACAAACCAGGCCUUGUGGCUCUGAGCUCAUGACUUAGGCUGCAUCACACUUUGGCCCAGCCCUUCCUCUUUGCCAUGCCUACUCUUUCUCAGAUCCCUACUUUAGCUGGCCUCUGUCCAGCUGUUGAGGCAGUGGGGAAGAAAGCCAAGACUUCCCUGUCACUGCCCAGGCCUGCUUCCCAGGCUUGCGGGCUGGAGGAUGGUUCUCUCCCCAGUCAGCGCCAGUUCUGCCUGAGGAUUAUAAGUAAAUGUGAUACUUUAUCCAGUCACUCCAGCUUUUGGGGGCUUCUGGUGUCUUGCAGGCAUUGGCCAUGGGUAUUAGGAAAGAGUUAGAGUAGACUGGAAAUCAGCUGAACAGCAAUAGGGUAGUGAAAUUGGACUCAUAGUUUCCAUGUGUUUGGUGGUGGCACCUGUCGCAAGCUCUUAAGAAAGUCCAGCAGUGUGGGAGCUGACAGCCAGACUGUUUCAGGCACUGGACAGAUUGGGGCUUAUCAUGCAGGGAGUCUGUAGUAGAUCAGGUGAAUGUAUUAUUGUUCAUCUAACUGAGGCUCAGGUAGCAGUUCCCUCUUCCCUACCCCCCCAGUGGCAGGGAGGGGUCUGUCCCUUCUCUGGUGUGCUGGAUGAGGAGCAUGGUGGGCUCCGAUGUGUGUGUGCAUUUCCCUGUAAUUCAUUGUUCUGGAAUGGGAUAUGGGUUGGCAGCUCCUUGGCCUUUCCAGCCCUCUGCAGCUGUGGCUGAAGGUUCCCCUUCUUGGAAAGCUUGCUCCUGCCCCUGCAGAGGGUGGGAGGUGCCUGGGGAGAAUCUGCAGGGAGAGGAGUGAAAUGCCAAGCCAAGAGCAAAUAUGGCUUAAGCUAACAGCAAAGGGAGGAACCUGGGACUUAGCUAGAGGUGGGAGCACUAAAUGAUAUGCAUUCAUCAAACAGGAGCAGCUUGAUCCUGAUGCCAGGGGGUAUGCCAGUAGCUGGAGGCUUAAGCAAUAUUUGCAGAGGUGCAAUUAGCCUCUGAGCCAUAGCUGGUGGAAAUGCCAAGUUUGUUUCCCAGGGAAAAUCCCAAGAUUUCAGCAUUUUUGUCCCAAAUUGGGACAAAAAUGUGACCUCAGAAUUAUUUUUUCAUCCACUGAAAUGUUGGGGACACAUCUUCUUUUGACCUUGCUGCACUGUUCUGUUUCAACUCUUGGGCAAUAUUAAAUAAUAAAUGUAAAUUUAGUAAAUUCCUGCAAAAACUCUGGUCAUGAAUACACUCCCCUUUUGCCAACUCAGCGCUUCCUGACAAAGGUAUAAAUUGGACUUCUGACCAGGCAGUUGCCUUGGGCUGCAGAAAUCAAGUGUAGACAAGACAGAAGUUGAAUCUGUUCAGUCCCUGACUGCUUUUGCAGGCAGAGAAACUAAGUGCAAACUGGUAUUGCUGGGUUUGAGCACUAAGGCUGAUGGGAACUAGAGAAAGUCUAGAGGGCUGUUACAGUAUCAGCUGAGCACUUACCCAGCCUGCAGGGAGAGGACUGGCUGACAGGCACAAGGAGAUAAAAUUCCAUCUCCAUUCACUCCCUUGCAUGGCUGAAGCAUAUUUUUUAUUCCUAGGGGAAUUCAUAUGUCUCAUGAUUUUUCCCUUGGUUCUCUGUCUCUCACUGGAUAAGAGCUUAGGGAUUUUCAUUACUUUAUGCAUAGGUCCUGGGAUGUGACUGCUUUGAGGGACUGCAGCUUUUUCUGGCUUGAAGACUGUGCUUAAUAAAUGGUGCCUUGUUGGAAUCAGAGUGAGAAUGAGACAAGAUUUGGUGGUGGGGAUCAAGCCUGGGUAUUAUGCCUGCUUUGGCUUGAUACCCUCAAUGCCUAGAACUGCAGGAUGAAGCCAAGCAAAUACAGAGGUUUUGCCUCGGCAAGCUUCCCCAUGAGUGGAAUUAGCGCUCAACACCCCAAUUCAUCAGCUGUCAGUGCCACAGUGACCAGGGCCCCACAC